GAGCCCCCCGGGACCCUGGGCCACCAUGGGGGCCCCGGUUCCCCCAGAGCUGCUGGGGACUGGGACCUGGUGCAGUCAUCGGCCACCCCAGAGCACGGUCAGAUGGGGACACCCCCGAGCAACGCCAGCAGCAGGCAGGGCCCCUCGGGUGGUCAUCGUGGAGGAUCAGCCCCCCCUCCUGAAGAGCAUCUCUGCUCCGCAUCCCCUGCGAGCUGGUGCUGGACAUGGGCUUCGUCCCCGCCCUGCAGGACCCCCGGUCCCGGGAGCACCGGGGGCUGCUGCACAGCUUCAACCAGACGGUCACACCACUCUUCACCUCGGUGCCCGGGUUCCUGCGGCUGGAGGUGACGGGGAUCAGGGAGGGCAGCGUGGUGCUGGAGUAUGAUGCACUGUUCGCAGCGGAGCGGGUGCGGGCGCUGGGUCUGAGCGCGCUCCUCGACGCCGCCCUGGGCUCCGGCCCGGUCCGGCCCGGGCUGGCGGUGGGCACGGCCCCCGUCCUGCGAAACGUGGCUCUGGAGCGGCCUCUGGACCCCUGCACUCUGCUCUUCUCGUGCCAAGACGGCUUCGCCUGCGUGCCCGGGGCGGACGGGAAUGCCACCUGCACCUCCCUCUGCCACCGCGACUACUGCAAGAACCACGGCAUCUGCACCCAUCCCCCGGGACAACAGCCCCUCUGCCAGUGCCCCGCGGGCAGCGAUUUCUGGUUUAUGGGUCUGCGCUGUGACUACCGAGUGACGCAGCAGAGCCUGCUAGGCAUGGCUGCGGGGGUCCUGCUCAGCAUCCUCCUCCUCGGCGCUGUCCUCGCCGCCGUCGCCUUCCGCCACUUCAAGGUGUUGCUGCUGGAGGCCAGGGCCGACCAGACCCGCAGCAGCUACCGCCGGUUCUGCCGCCUAGACGAUGUCUCAGCCCAGUACUGGUCGCGCCCCUGGCUGCCCUCGGCCAGUUCGCUGGACAACCCGGCCUUCAGCAACUCGGAGGAGCUGCUGCACCUCCAGAUCCUGGACACGGGCUGCUGCAGCUGUCGGGAGGGCUCGGGCAGCACGGGCAGUGCCAAGCAGCCCCAGGUGCUGCCUGCCUGCAGGCCCAGUUUCCACUACGACUGGCACUCCAGCUCGAGCAGCAUGAAUGAUCCCAUGGUGGACUCAGGCAAAGCUAGCGAUAUCUCCCUGUCGAGCUGGCCCAUGGAGCCCAUUCCCUGGACACCCUUUCCCCUCCUCCAUCAGCUUUCCAGGCAGCGAGCGCACAAAGGCAGACGGCCUCGUUCCUACUGCGAGGGGAUGGAGCUGGGCAACCUGGAAAGGAGCUGGACAGCCUGAGGAGAGCAGAGCAGAGGCAACGAGGUUCAGCUUUUAAAACCAACCACAUUUUAUUUCCACGUAACAAGCUCAAGUGAAGGAAUUUCAAACACUUUGACGAUACAAUCAACGCGGGUGUGAUGUCAGUUCCACGGGAGGCAGAGUCCUGGGAGGGCGUCUGCCCGCAUUGUCACCAGCGUGUCAGAGCAGACUCAGGAGCCAGCUUUGGCUUGGGACAGUGUAUGUCAUCCUAAGUAGUUACAGAUAAGUGUCUAGGAACACACAAUGCUGGCAUCCAACAGAGUUAAUGACUUACAUCCGGCCAUUUGAAAAUAAAGUCUAACAGAUUUCUGAAGUCACAUCCUACUAUGUACAUAUAUGGUCUGCCCUAUAGCCAUUUCAGAACAAGCUAAGCCACUGUGAAGAGUGAAAUACAAAGUAAGCACUGCUGCAUUGUUCAUCAUGAUUAAUGUAAAUGAGGUAUAAAUUUAAACAUCAGUACGUCUUAAGCAUUAAAGUUUAUUUUCCAAAAUGCUCUCCUUUAUUUGCGAGUGUCCUCUCGAGCAUCCAGCUGGGCACAAACGGUGGGGUCCUUCCAACGGGGGCAUCUGGAGUACACGGAGGGCGAGGGCAAUGGGGUCCCAAAGGUGCUCGAAUAGAAAAGGAAAAAGCAAGCUGCAGUUUUCUACACUUCUAUUCUCAUCUCAUAGUGGGCACGUCGAGGGAGAUUUUCGCUAGAAUAAAACGCAGAUCUGUUCAUAAAAAAAUCAGUUUGCUAACAGAAAAAUCAAACUAUGGGAAUACAGAGCUAUCGUAUCGUUUGAUAUCUUCAUUGUAUAGAAAACAGCCUACAAAUAAAGUCACAAAAAAUAGACAGUUAUAUGCUGAGCAGCCAAAAACAUCAUGAUUUAUUAAUAUCUGGAGAAACUUCAUAAUUCAAACACAACCAAACUGUACAUUUUACAAUCACAUUCUAUUUGUAAACAGUUAAAAGCCACUGACUUGUUUUGCAUCUUCAGACACAAACAGUUAGAAUCAAGGCAAUGAAAUGAUGGCGAUUUCUGCACUGUUAAAAUUUUUUUUUUACCCUUGCCUAGUCCUGAACUCAGCGACCAAACAAGCUUUAUAUAAUACCUUUUGUGGCAAAAAAAAAAGAUGUAACUCGUUACUUUUGCAAGAAAGUAUUUGCAAGAACUUUUUUUUUAAACAUUUAAAACUUCUUUUAUACAACAAACAAACCUGUAAGCCCAAGACCUUGGUUACAGUAUGCAUAGUUACUCAGUUCGGCUUUAAGGUACAACAGUUAACACAGUCACAAGAGCAGGAACAGAGCCACUCGAUGGGAUUACAAAAAAAUCAGGUAACUACAGAUUAUUAGCAAACCACCACCACUCACUAAUAAAAAGACAGCGUCAGAAAGCAGAAUGUCAAACUCCAGCUUGAAGCGUGUUUUUUUUUUUUUUUUUUUUUUGUUUUUUUUUUUUUUUUUUGGCAGAGAAAAGUCUUA